AAUUUGUUGAAGAAGAAAAAAAAAAAUGAUAGUUAUUAAAAAAAAAUUGAUUGAUAUGAAAAUUGUGAAGAGAAAGAGAGUAAAAGGCAGUUACACUUGACAAACAUAGUUAUAGAGAAACCUGGAAUGGGAUGGAAGCUCUUCUGUAGUUGAACUUCCUUCCAUGGCGGGGAUCCUUGUCUGCCACUGCGAUGGGCAUGGACCUACCCUUCUCCUUCCAAACUCACCACGAAAGACAAACACUCUUCUGUGCAACUACAGUGCACAAAACUUAACAUUCGUUCGAGGACAAAAGCUCUUGAAAGAUCUCUCCACUUGGGGAAUUGGCGGCCCUUGUAAUUACUUUACCCAAGUUUUCCAUCCCACCCAACUCCUUUCUGCUAUCAGAUAUUGCCAUGACCAUCGGUUAAGGUUCAUGAUAAUUGGCAAAGGCUCAAAUUGUCUGUUUGAUGAUUUGGGAUUUGAUGGGUGUGUUAUUCUGAAUCGGAUGGAGUGGAUGGAGAUGAAGGAGGUUGGAGUAUACAAAGUUGGAAGUGGUUACAGAUUCAAUCGUUUGGGGAUGCAAUGCUCCAAUGAAGGAUUUACAGGCCUUGAGUUUGCUGCUGGCAUUCCUGGGACUGUGGGUGGAGCCGCUUACAUGAAUGCUGGAGCAAAUGGCCAGGAGACAGCUAAUGUUGUUGAGAGCAUCGAUGUUGUAACUAUUGAUGGGAAGUUGCAAAGAUUUGAAAGAGCUGAUCUCAUGUUUGGCUACCGUUCAUCUCCCUUUCAAAGGAUGCCAAACUUGGCAGCCAUUGUUGCUGUCACAUUUCGGCUGCAGAGCUCAACAAUAUCGAGGACAAAGCUUCAACAAUACUUAGAGAGAAGAAGAGCAUCUCAACCAAUCGGAGAAAGAAGUGCCGGAUCAGUCUUUAGGAAUCCAUCAGAUUUGGGUAUUGGAGCUGGAGAGUUGAUUGAAAAAGCUGGACUUAAAGGUUUUAGAGUGGGAGGGGCAAUGAUAUCAAAACUUCAUGCAAAUUUUUUCAUUAAUGCUAAUGGCUCAACAUCUCAAGAUAUGCUUGACCUCAUUGCUGUUGCUAAGGACAAGGUUUAUCAGAAAUUUGGUGUAGAGCUCAAGGAAGAAGUUUUAUAUGUUAAUCCCAGUAAAGCUGCUUCAUAAUAAUAAACUGGUUGUGUAGAAAAAAAAAAGGAAAAUAGUACAAUAAUUAAGUUGUAAUUUGUUCAACUGAAAACAUCAUUCAAUCAAAUAGCUUUCAAUGUCUUUUCUUCAA